GCUGGAAAACCGGACCAGAAAUUCUGCUGCACAAAACAGCAUUUUACCGAAACCGUGCGAAAAAGAGAAAAAGUUAUGUCAUGGAAGCUAUUUGGAUCUAUCAGUUCCGUCUGAUAGUGAUCGGAGACUCGACGGUGGGCAAGUCCUGCCUCCUCCGGAGAUUCACCGAAGGCAAAUUCAACGACUCGUCUGACCCCACGGUCGGCGUGGACUUCUUCGCCAGGCUGGUGGAAAUCGAGCCGGGAAAGAGGAUCAAAUUACAGCUGUGGGACACGGCGGGCCAGGAGCGGUUCAGGUCUAUAACUCGAUCCUAUUACCGUAACUCAGUUGGUGGUCUGCUUGUGUUCGACGUUACAAAUCGCAGGUCUUUUGAACAUGUCCGUGACUGGUUGGAGGAAGCAAAGAUGCAUGUUCAGCCAUUCCAAAUCAUAUUUCUCCUUGUUGGACACAAAUGUGACUUGGCAACCCAACGGAAGGUUUCAAAGGAAGAGGCAGAGAAAUUGGCUGCGGUGCAGGGUAUGAAAUACAUUGAGACAUCCGCAAAAGAUUCUACAAAUGUAGAGGAGUCCUUCACUGUUCUAACCCAGCAGAUAUAUGAGCUGCUCAAAAAAGGCAACAUCUCUGUCCAAGAAGGAUGGGAAGGUGUUAAGAGUGGUGUGGUUCCUAAUGUUGUUCAUUCUUCUGAGGAAGCUGUGCAGCCUGGAAGAAGGUGCCUUUGUUAAUUGGUAGGGUUAAAGAACCCUCUAUUCCAAAGAAUUGCUUAACGUACUUUAGCCAUUUGUGCAAGCUUACAUCAUUAAAUUUACAAGGAUUUAUCCUAGACGUAGUAUAGAAUUGAUUAAAUAUGUUUCAUUGGAAAGUAAGUACCCCAAUAUGGCUACAGAGCUUCUCCAACAUGAAAUGUACAUAUUUUAUUUUCAAUAGUUGCUGACUUUAAUAGUAAGAAAAUAUUUUUUGCACUGUAAAAUCAAGUUUUAUUUUUGGAGUGUUGCCUACUAUAAGGCCAGCCAAUCUGUGGGAUAGGAUCAGUAAAGAUUUAAUAAAUAUGUAUAUUUGAUAUGAACCAUUUACCCUAAACAAUGAUUUAAGUAUGGUUUUGUCCACUUCAGAAAUGUUUGAGUGGUUUCUGGGAAUUGAGAAGCAGUAAUUCUUAACUUUGUUAGUUAUUUAUUAGAAACUUUUUUUGUUGUUUUUGUUUUGUGCUAUUCCUUAAUUUCCCAGCCUUUAAGAAUAUUUUAUGAAUUGUGAAUAUUUCCCAAGAUUUGGAUUGGAGCCUUCAGGGUCAUUAAUGGUUAACAAAAUGGCCAUGAGUCAAAAAUUUGAGUUAAAAGUAGCAAAUGAAAACAAUAAAUAGGGAAUAACUGUGCUUUAACUGGGGCUUCAAAAGGUUGCACUGCUGUUAGUUACUGACAGUAAUUCAAGCCAGCAGCUUGGCUGUAUGCCAAAGUUGUUGUCUUCUGUUAGAGCCCUGCACUAGGUUCUUUUGUGGACCAAUAUUACUUAAUGUUUAACUAAUAUGUCAAAUCAAUGAAUGUUGGCAUGGCAAUGCAGUUGUUCAGCUUAACGCUUUUAAUGUUACAGUUUACAGUUACAAAUUGCUGCCUUUUGUCUAUUUUUGGGAAGUGGUAAGGCUGCUAAUGCUAUUGAACAAUCAUUCCAAAAUUUGCAUUUUGAAAUGGAGAUGAAAAUGGUGGAUGGUGGGAACAAGUUAAUAUUUGGCUCAACUGUGAUGCUUUCAAAGGACUUGAAUAUCACCAGCAAUGGGCAAGUUUAAAAUUCAUCAAGUAAGCUUUUAAUCUUCAGAGAAUAUUGAAAUACCCAACUGUAGGUCAGGCAAUUUUAUACAUACAUGCUUACUUCCUUGCACUUGUUGGUAAUUACUACAUACAAAAAAAAAAUUUCCAGUGUUGUCUGAAAUGUAUGUAAUAUACUGAAUUGGCUACUAACCUUUGGCACAUAUGCCUGCUCUUUUUCUGAAGUCAAAUGUGAAAUGCAUAAGUAAAUGAGUAAGUGAAUUAGUAAGUCUUUUAAAUCAAGUUGUUUGCUUAUCAAAUCUGAUUUAACUAAAUCUAGCUGUGCAUUGCAAAAGCACCAACUUACAGAGAAGACAAAACUAAGCAGAAUUUUCUUGUGUUAAAGAAAUGAAAUAUCUGGAUGUACAUUUGUACUCUGCUUCCAAAAUUCAGUUCAUCAUAUUUUAUUACUUUAUCAUAUUGUAUCCACUUUUAUUACACAUGACAAGAAUGGAUUUCUAGGCUCAAGAUAUUUUAACUUUACUGACAUCUUAAAAUAUUGCAAUUUAAUGUUUAAAAUGUAGCCUGAGUGGUGAAAAUCAAAUAAUCCAGAUUUUCUAAUUGGCUAUUUAUAAUAGGUGCUUUUGAUCCACUCUAUUUUAAGUAUCACAGGAUUUUAAAACUUCAAAAUUUUAAUUGCUAUCUCUUUUAGUAUAACCACCUAUGUGCUAGAGGUGUGGCCAAUCAGUAAUGAUCAUCCUAGCCAAUUAAUGUAUUUAAUAAAACCUAUUUAUAUUUGCCAUCUAAGAACAGAAUAUUCUAAAAAUACUCAAGUUGUGCUGCAGUAUCAUCAGUGUGAGCUGUUAACUCUGUUUCAGCUGCUGUCAGGAUAUUAUGAGCACUUAUUUCAAAUUUCUCAUUUCUUUGAUAUUAGAUUGUUGCAUCUAUUUCACAUUUGCACAAUAUUCCUUGAAAUUUUUACUUCCAUUAUUAUUUUAAUUGUCAUACUUUGUAGCAAUCGUUAAUCUUGGCCUUUAGAACUGCUAUCAGUUGAAAUUGGAAAUUAUGAAAUUUGAAAAUUUAUGCCUUUCAGACACAAAUAAUACAAAAACAUUCACCUAAGCUUUGGGAACUAGUUGUUUUAUCAUCUUGAAGUAGGGUUGAAAUUAUUUGUGUUCAUCUCUACAUUUUGAAAAGUAUCAUUUUAACACUUACAUGUUUAUUCCACUACAACAAUAUUUCAUUCACAAAUUUCAAUAGUUGUAUUUGCAAAGAGGCUUAGAAGUAAGGAAUAAAUUAUUGAAUGUCAACAUUUUAUUUUGUUCUCCAAAAUAAAUAUUGUUUUGAUUAUGAGUAGAUGUUUGACUUUAUUUAUCCUCUAAUUUUAGCAGUGAGUUCUGAUCUCUGAAGGUUAGUUAUAUUCUCCUAAAGCCAAUUUCAAUUUCCUCUUGGAA